ACUAAAAUGUAGGUUGUCGUAAAAAUUAGAAAUAACCUAGUAAGAUUAAAUUAAAAUUCAAACAAUUAUUUGGUUUCAAGCUUCAAAGAUCUGAUUCGGGAGAGUCGGUGACAGGGAGGUCCCAUCCAAACCUGGAUACAGGGUAGACACAAGAUAAAAUGUACAAGUGGACGAGUUUACCCUCCAUAGUGCACGCACGCGCCAGGAAAGAUCGUGAGGAACCACUUCCUGAUCCAGAUACAUCGUAUUCACGUGGCUCUCUCCGUUGCUAAGACAAACCCACCAGUUCCGAUUACUGUAUCUUCCUGCUCGUCUCUCCUUCCAAACGAAGGAGUGGUAAAAUUCACCAGGAAAGAAGAGACUUAAUCAACCAAGAAGGGAUGCUAUGAUAAGCGAACUGCAGCGAUAUCAGCGAGGAAGCCAAAAGCACGCGACCAGGAAAAACCAUAGACAGAAAUGGCCAGAACUUCCAUAAAUGACUUGCCGGACGUUCUCGUAUCGAACAUACUGGCGUUGGUCUCCGAUACCCGGACGAGGAACUCUCUGUCUCUUGUAUGCCGGAAAUUCUUGUCUUUAGAGAGGGCGACGCGCUUUUCACUCUCACUGAGGGGAAACGCCCGAGACCUCUACGGAAUUCCGACGUGCUUCAGAUCUGUAACCCACUUAGACCUCUCUCUUCUCUCGCCGUGGGGACACGCGUUCCUCUGCUCGUCACCGGAUCCUGAUCUCCUCGCCCACCGCCUUCGCGGCCUGUUUCCAUUAGUCACUUCUCUCACUGUCUAUGCGCGAACCCCAACUACCCUUCAGAUUCUCGCACGUCAAUGGCCAGAGUUACGCCACGUUAAGUUGGUUCGGUGGCAUCAACGGCCUCAAUCCGCUCCUGGGGAGGACCUCGCCCCCAUUUUCGAACAUUGUCGAUCUCUAUCCACACUGGACCUAUCGGAAUUCUACUACUGGAUCGAGGACAUUCCUCCCGUUCUCGUGGCCAAUCCUCUGACAGCCCGAUCAAUUUCGAAGCUAAAUUUAAUGACAACGUCUUUGACUGAUGGUUUCAAAUCGACGGAUAUAGAAACCAUUACCGAGGCUUGCCCUAACCUCAGCCAGCUUCUCAUGGCCUGCACGUUUGAUCCCAGGUAUUUCGGGUUUGUAGGAGAUGAAACUUUGUCCGCUAUAGCUACUAACUGUCCAAGACUUAGCCUUCUUCACCUCGCUGAUACUUCGACUUUGGCGAGUGUCCGAGGAGACCCUUCCGCCGAUGGUUUCACCCCAGAAGACGCAAGGAUUAGCACAGCUACUCUGAUUGAGCUAUUUUCCGGGCUGCCAUUGCUUGAGGACUUGGUUCUGGAUGUUGCUAAAAAUGUCAGGGAUAGUGGACCGGCGCUAGAAGUCCUUAAUACUAAGUGCCGAAGAUUGAGGAGUCUUAAGCUUGGGCAGUUCCACGGAAUUUGUAUGGCAAUCGACUCGCGGCUUGAUGGGAUUGCCCUUUGUCAAGGGCUUGAAUCGCUGUCGAUCACGAAUUGUGCGGAUUUGACAAAUAUGCGUUUGAUAGAAGUUGGUAGGGGGUGUGUGAGGUUAUCCAAAUUUGAAGUGAAGGGAUGCAAGAAAAUUACAGUGAAGGGUUUGAGAACAAUGGUGAGUUUGCUCAAGAGGACUCUUGUUGACGUAAAAAUUUCUUGCUGUGAAAAUCUUAAUACCAAAGCGUCUUUGCGAGCUCUAGAGCCAAUUCAAGAUCGGAUUAGUCGACUUCAUGUUGAUUGCGUAUGGAAAGAUGUAGAAGAAUGCGAACUUGAAUACGAUACUGCAAGUAGUUCGAAUAUUGACCCCGACGAAGUUGAUGAACUUACCCUGCCAAGCCAUAAUGCCGAUACUAGUAGUUCAACGGAUGGUCUCCUUGAGGAUGGAAACUAUGGUGGAUAUACAAGAAAAAGGAAGAGAUCCAGGUACUCCACCGACGCUGAUUGUUCCUUGUCCAUACAAUGCAGUGGUAAUGAUUUGUGGGGCAAGAGAUGGGAUCGUUUGGAGUACCUGUCUCUUUGGAUUGGAGUUGGUGAUUUUCUAAGUCCAUUGGAAACAGUUGGUCUAGAUGAUUGCCCAGUUUUGCAAGAGAUUCAGAUCAAAGUCGAGGGAGACUGUCGAAGAAGGCACAAACCAAUGGAUACAUUUGGUUUAAGCAUCCUUGGGCAAUAUCCUCAGUUAGCAAAGAUGAAGUUGGAUUGCAGUGACACAACAGGCUAUGCACUGACCUGCCCAUCUGGCCAGAUGGAUCUCACCUUGUGGGAGAGAUUCUUUCUGAAUGGAAUAGGUAGCCUAGGACUUACAGAGCUCGAUUAUUGGCCACCACAGGACCGGAGUUUCAAUCAGAGGAGCCUAUCGCAUCCAGCCGCAGGGUUGUUAGCAGAAUGUCUCACUCUGAGGAAGCUAUUUAUACACGGAACUGCUUAUGAACACUUCAUGAAUUUUCUCCUUAACAUUCCAUAUCUUCGAGACGUACAACUUAGGUUGGAUUACUACCCUGCACCGGAGAAUGAUAUGAGUACAGAGAUGAGAGCUGGCUCUUGCAGUCGCUUUGAAGCUGCACUUAACAGCCGCCAAAUCCCAGAUUGAGAUCAAAUAUAGCCGGCGCUUGUUCUAGUUAGGAGGCAACCGUAUGGCUUUUGCUAGUUCCUAUUUUAGGAAUUAAGAUACAUCACUUUUUUUUUCUCAUCACUGGUUACUUUGAGAUUAGCUGUAUCACUUUCACUUGUGAUUUCACAAUCUUUCAUGGGAGGAAUCCAUUAAACUUAGUGCUAAUGUAGAUGUGUGAGAAAUAAACAAACUCCUUAGUCCAAAGAUGUUUACUUUUUAAUUCUGCACCCAUGAAUAAGAGACAAUAGAUUUAAAAAGUGAAA